UCUUCCCUCAGCCCAGGUAUUUCCUCUCUGUUUUCAGACCAUGGGGAGGGGUCCCAACGAAAAUUUCUUGCUUGCUCUGUCCUCCUCAUGCCCCCUCAUAAAUUUUCUUCUCGGAUGGGACACCCAGAUUGCUCCUCAAUCAUUGGCAGCCAUUCAGCCGGGAAGGGGCAACUAAAACAUCCCUUCGCAGGAGGUGAACACCAUUCCGCAGAGCCCAAGGGAAUCGCACAACACUCGACUCGACACCACCACCAAAUCGAGACACCAUGAAGACCAUCCAGGCGGUCCAGGGCUUGUGUCUGUUGGCCAUCCUCAUGGAACCUUUGCAGGUCUUGUGUCUCCAAAAGAUUCCCCUCGACAUGGCCAACAAUUCUGUGGAUGACCAGUACAUUGAUUGCAACCCCAUGAGAGAGCUCAAGCUGCAGGAGCCAGGGUAUCUUCCCAUACCCCCAAAAUAUAAGACAACCUGGAAAAGGGCCACAGAGCACUGGGAUAAACUUGGCCAAUCUGUCGGCAACUUCAAUAAAAUCUAUGGCACUGCAAUUGUGGCUUACACAGCCGAUGGUGACUUCUGUGAAGAUUUCAAUAAGGCUACAAGAACAGCCAGGAAAUCCCGAAGCUCAUACAACCGAUAUGCCUUCAAGGACUUCCACCUCCUCCUAACCAAAGCUCUUCAGGCCAAGAAUAACAAAGGCAAAUGCUAUGAAGUCUUCCGCGGGGUAGAAAACAUCCAAUUCACAGUCCGCAUCAAACAGCUUGUCCGCUUCGGACAGUUUGCAUCCUCAUCCUUGGUCAAAAAGGAAGCUGAAAAUUUUGGCACGGGCACCUUCUUUUCUAUCAGGACCUGUUAUGGAGUUCCGAUUGACGACUUCUCAUACUUCCCAGAAGAAAUGGAAAUUCUCAUCCCACCUUAUGAGAAGUUCAUCGUGAAGAGCCAGAAGGGACGCACCAUCAGACUGGAGUCCCAAGGGGUUUCCAGCUGGUUCAACUGUGAAGUCCUGAAAGGUGCAGAUUGCUAAACUCCUAUGGGGAGGCCGUUCCUUCUGUGGGGUCUCCUUCUGACCUGAACCAUCCUUGAGUCUCUGGGAAGCCUUGAACAACUUGGCUCUCUUGGAAGAGAGCUUCCCUAGGAAGGAGACCACGUGUGAUGUGCAAAAUACCUUUGAAAAGUGCCUUUUUUGCCCUCCUGACAAGAUUUCAGGCAGCUCAACAAAGGCAAUGACAGCUAGUCUUCGAUUUACAACUGUUCAUUUAGUGACCAUUCAAAGUUACAACGCCAUUGAAAUCUGCGACUUAUGACCGUUUUUCACACUUACAAUCUUUGCAGCAUGCUCGGAGUCAUGUGAUCAAAAUUCGGACGCUGGGCCACGGACUCAUAUUUAUCACAGUCAUAGUGUCCCAUUUUGGGACCUUCUGACAGGCAAAGUCAAGGAGGAAGUCGGAUUCACUUACCAACCACAUUACUCAUUUAAGAACCGCCAGAAUUCAUUUAACAAAUAUGGCGAGAAAGGUCAUAAAAUGGGGAAAACUCACUCCAUGCAUGUCUCACUUAACAAAAGAAAUUUUGGGCUCCAUGGAGAUUGUAAAUUGAGGACUACCUGUAUUUGGGGAGGGUGAAGUCUUUCUGUAGGGUGUAGAAAUCAAGGAUUAGGUAAAUGUGAUAUGGGAUGAUUGUAUCAGAAAUCAAGAAAUCAAGCAAUAAAAGUCUUCAAU